AUGAUAAGUGGUCUAUUUUCUGAGGAUUGGAUACGAAAGUUAGAUGUGCUGGCAACACAUUCUCUUACGGGCAAACCGUCACCGGCAUUUCCUAAUAAGCCAGCAAAGAAGCGAUUGGAUCCCGCACUUGUGAACGACAUCGUACAAACUGUUGUUGACAAUUGUUGUGUGCCAGAGAGUGUUGUUAGGGCCAGUAUAACGACUAAAUGCGCCGAUGAAAGCAAGAUGUUUCGAAGUCGCUUAAGAAAAAGUAAAAGUAAUUCUGCUAAAAUCGAUCAGGAGAAUAUUCCACCGUUAUUCUGCAAAUCAGAAGAAUCUGACGAAUCUUAUCUAUCUACUUGA